UGAAUCCUUAACUGUAGUCGCUUUUUUCUAGCACAAGUCGCUUUAUAUUUAAUGUCAACCUGUCUAUUCAGUUUUUGUUUUGCAUAUAGGAAACAUAGAGAGGAUGAGAAUUCAUGGAGGGGGGCUUUGCUGCUUUUCCUUUAAAGCCUUUUUUUUUUCUUGGACUUUGCAAUCUGCUUCUUUACUUGUUGUUCCUUCAUUUGCAUCUGUGUGGAUAAUAUCUUCAAAUUAAACUGAUGUGUAUCUUUGAGUUUCUGUCUUAUGGAUGACGGUUAAAUGCACUUUUGAUGUGCAGAGCCUUAAAGUAUCUGACAUUUGUUUCAUUAAGUAAAUGCUGUAAGAGGGUUUAGUGGUUGGUAAGGAGGGUUAAUGAUUUUAAAAGUGGCUUACCUUUUCUUUUCGAUUUUUUUGGUGUGUAAGGAAUGGCAUCAAGCUCUUGUCUUAAGCAAGGAUCAGUUCCAAUGAACAAUAUUAGCAUUACCCCUGAAGCAACGUAUGAAGCUGUGGUCGCAGACCCCAAGCUCUUCAUGGCUACGUUGGAAAGGCUUCAUUCUCGCUUGGGAACUAAAUUCAUGGUUCCAAUCAUAGGAGGGAAAGAUUUGGACUUGCACAAGCUUUUCAUUGAGGUAACAUCUCGUGGUGGAAUCAGUAAGAUAGUUAAUGAAAGGAGAUGGAAAGAAGUAACUGCCACAUUUGUCUUUCCUCCAACAGCAACCAACGCAUCUUUUGUCCUGCGCAAAUACUACUUCUCCCUUCUUAAGAACUAUGAGCAACUCUACUUCUUUAGAUCUAAUGCCCAGACUCCUCCUCCAGACUCUCUUCAGAACCCAUCCGCUGGACCAGGACUUGUGAUAAGACCUCCACAAGAGCUUCUAGCUUUAACCUAUACGCCACAACCAAGGAUGGACUCUAGUGAUCUCCCUGGAGGUUCUUCAAAUGGUCCAAUUGUGAGUGGACAGAUCGAUGGGAAAUUCGAAGACGGUUAUCUUGUAACUGUAAAGGUGGGAUCAGAAAUGCUUAAAGGAGUUAUCUAUGAGCUGGCUCCACAACAGAGUCAUGGUGUUUCCCUCAACACUGCCAACCCUCAGGGGAUUACUGGAGGAGUGACGAAACGCCGCAGGAGAAGAAAGAAGUCAGAGAUCAAAAGGCGUGACCCUGCUCAUCCUAAACCCAACAGGAGCGGCUAUAACUUCUUUUUCGCUGAGCAGCACGCUAGGCUGAAGCCGCUUAACCCUGGUAAGGACCGGGAGAUCAGCAGGAUGAUCGGUGAGCUCUGGAACAAGCUCAAUGAGCAAGAGAAGUCGGUUUACCAAGGGAAGGCGAUGGAGGACAAAGAGAGGUAUCGAACUGAAAUGGAGGAGUACAGAGAGAAGCUUAGGACGGGACAGAUGAUAAGUAACGCUGUUCCGUUGCAGGAGAGGGUUCCGGAGCAGAACGUAGAGAUGGCUGAAGCUGAAGGUGAUCUUCCAAUGGAAGAAGUGGAAGAAGAGGAGGAUGAAGAUGGUGAUUCAAGUGGUUCAGGGGAAAGCCUUAGCCACCCUUCUGAUCAUGAACUGGAGGAGCCAUCUCAGAAUCCUUUAGGUCUUAACCUAAACCCUAAUUCGACUGAGAUGGUGGUGGUGGCUCCUAAGGAGAAAGCCGGCGAUGCUGUGAUGGUGGCUGCUGAGCAGAACUGAAGAUUUUCUUCUCUUUGUUUUUAUUUUUUAGUUGCAAUUUUUUCGUUUUAUACAGCCACAGGGUAAGGAGAGGAUAGGGUUUCAGAUAGGUUACCUGUGGCAUUAGACAAUC